CGUGCUGUCUUUAUAGAACGUCACGUAUAGUAUAUGUAUAGCUUAGAAUGAUAGCGCCAGCCAGUAGUGCUCGACUCAGUUUGCGUACACUGCUUGUGUAAUUCGAGGCUGAUUGUGAAUGCAAUCCCAACUAAAAAAAUAUUAUUGCCGCGAGUUUUAAUUAUGACAUAUUCGAGUGAUACCCUUUUAUUAAAUAAAUUAAAUUUUAGUUCAGUGUGUUGCAGUUAACAUUACGAGACAAACCUAAUAACCCGUGCCUGUUUUAAAUCUGCAGUAGAUAUAAAAGUUUAAUUUAGUGUAUCGUUGGAGUUUAUGAUAAAAAUGUUCGGAUUGUUGCCUAUGUUAUGUUUUGGUUUCUAUGAAUGCCGGAAUCAGAAUCGCCCCAACCAGAUAUUCAGAUCGUGAAAUUUAAGCUCAAUUUAUUUUAAGUAAACCCUCAGUGCCGAUGCGGCAUUAGAAUAAUUACAAAUGAAUUUUAUUAAUUGCCGAUUUUUCAAAAUGCCUUCUUACAAUCAAGAAAUUAAUGUGGAUCUGAAUUCUAAUGAAAAUGGUGCCUUGAAGACUGAUGCCAAAGAUGGCAAAAUCGAUGAGAGUCGGUAUAUGUCAGCCGAACAAAUUCCGAAUAACGCGCCGGUGGGACUCAAUGCUGACCAGGAGAUCGCUUUUGCUCUGAGGGAUUUCUUGACCCCAUCGAGCACAGCACUCAGUGAUGGAGAACCGUCUCCAUCCGCGUUAUCGCAGACUCUACCUUUCAUAGAUGAGCAGGUAGAUGGAGACGAUGCCACGCAUUCUGAAGAGGAGUUACAACAAAGCCGUGAAACAGAAGAAGUGUUGAACAAUGCGGCUUGCCGGCUGAGGCGGUGGCGUGCUGCGUCGAGGAAGUUACGCCGGCCGCGGAUAAUAAACAAUCUAAGUUCUAAAGAUGAAAAAGAGAGCAACAUCAGCAAGGUGUGUAACUCUGGACACACGGACCUGGCGGACCGGCUCCGCAGCCUGGCGGCGGCCGGCAGCAUGUCAGCGUCGGCAGGCGAACUGCUGUCGCUAGCGCCGCCGCCCCCAGCGGCUACCGCACCACCCUCUCCAGGCUGUCUACUCUCGCCCUCGCUGGCAGACCAGAGCUCCGCAGAAUAUUUUGGCUCAAGUCCGGAGUGCUGUGCUGAUAAUGCAGGACUAGACUCUGCCAAUAAUGCUGGCACGCCAGCGCCACCCCCCGGCCCUCGGUACAAGCUGGCUUCCGAGGGAUCCCUCAGGGUAUGCUGCUUCCAACACACCAGAACUGUAGUGGACAAGAUACUAGCAGCCAAAUUCCUAAGGCGAUGGGAAACACACGUGCUAUGCCUGGAGGAACAACACAUUAUUUCUAAAACGCCCUCCGGCUUAUUAGAGCACCCGUUGUCGUACAGUUGCAUGCAGGAGGUAUACUGCAUCUCGCGAUGGGAUCCUGCCAGGAAGUACUGCCUCCGAAUAGUUAUGCCUCAUGGAUCUCUUCUGCUACAGGCUAACGAUGCUUAUACGCGGGACCAAUGGUAUCAUUCCAUUAUAUGGAGGAGAAACAUGAUAAGGUACAAGAAUUUCUUGACGAAGACUGUGAGAAAAGAAGUUGUUCUUAAAGAGUUAAAGAACAUGGUGGAUUUCGUCAUGACUACACCUUUACAAGACGAGAGUGUGACUCGCGCGCCUCUACAGAUCCUGACCGAUUUACUAUCAGAGAAUAAAGAAAGUGACGACUGGGAGGAGUGGGCGGAGAUGGUGACGAGUGCUGCGGCGCCGCUGUUGGCGGAGCGGUGCGCGGCCGGCGACCUGUGCGCCCUGCUGGCGCGCCUGUGCAGGAGACGGCCGCGGGCAGCACCUCUACCUGCGCUGGCGCCACCCGUACGACGGGUCCUCACGCGCAAUGUAGAUUUCGCCAGAGCCCCCAAUGGCAGGCGGCUCGUUAGAGAUUAUAUCAGUGCCUUGAGCGCGCAUAACUCGGGCAGUUCCCUAGUCCGCCGAUUCGUUGAAGUGACGCACGGGAACCGCGCAACGUGCCCGUAUCCUCGAGCGGCGCCCAACCUUGCUGCAGUCGCCCUGGCCGCGCUGGAUGACCACUACCGCGACUCUGCUACCCCACAUGUAUGUGACGAGUCCGAAGAAGAAGUCCUAUGUUUUGCUGAUAUUUUGGAACAUAUGUGCGAGUAUGAAGAUUGGCUCGUCGUAGUAGGUGCUGUUUUGCAACCGGUUCCUUUAUGUGCGGGCGCUAUGAGCUGCCCACGCGUCGCUAAGAGGCUAGGAAAAUUAUUGAAUGCGUUAGCACAUGACCCACGCUGUGCGGCCCACGCAUGCGUGGCGCCCGCCCGAGCCGCGAGGCUCUGCCCACCGUCCUGGCUGAGAGCUGCAGCGCCUUCAGACCCGCUGCUCGCUCUGCCAAACGAAGAAUUAUGUCAGAUUUGGGGAGAUAUGUUGGGAGGUCUACUCAAUUGUUGCUGUAAACGGAAAAGUUUCCUGCAGAGUAUGAGCAAACAGCUUCCUGAUUUUGUUCUAGUCGCAUUAACUGCUCACCCAGCUGCUAUAGAGGCUCUAUGUUUAUUUUUGGAAUGGGAGAUCACGACUGGAGAGCAGACUCAAUUGGAAAUUAUUGCUACGUUACAAGGCACCGAACUUGGCCAGAAAUAUUACAGAGAUCUGUGCGAGAGACAGCAAAAUCUUCAGCGGCUGCAAUCAGAAGGUGGUCCUCGCCGACUGGCGCUACCAGUUCGCGCGACAGACGCAGACGUUGCGGAACUGUUGGACGCCGGCGCUCUCGGCAACCUUGAGUGCCUCUCUCUCGCUUUCACCAGCGUCACCAGCGCAUGUGCACAUCACCUCAUUAAGUUGCCAUCUCUCCGCUACUUGAACUUGUGGGCUACCAAGUUCGGCGACAGCGGUGUGCAGCUGAUUGCUGAGCAUCUUCCUAAGCUUCAGGUCCUUAACCUUUGCGAGACGCCCGUCUCCGAUAAGGGAAUAGAGGCAUUAUCAGGCCUCUCAAACUUACGGCGUCUAAACUUGAACAGCACCAAGUUAUCGGCCGAAGCAUUUGAAGUUCUACGCCAGCGUCUGCCCCAUCUCCAGGAGUACGACAUACGGUAUACGGAGGCCUGGUGACAGCGGGCUGCGGCCGCCGCCCGGACGCCUUCCACUUCCACCAUAUGAAUUCACAUACGAUCUCAACGCGCUUUAUCCCAGUAUUACAUUGUUCAAAUAAGUUAAUCCCACGGAUACAAAUAUCCAACUACCGAAUAUUAUUAAGAUUAUUUCUAUUACUUUCAAUAUUGUUAUUAUUUUGUAACUAUUUUUCACAUAACAUUUGAAUACAAAAAUGUAGAAUAUAGGUGACAUGGAUCCGGUAUUGAUAUUAUUUUACCGUGUAACGUUGCAUUUCAUGUGAAUAUUGCCAGAACCACGUUGCCACAUACUAUAUAAAUACAUAGUAUUGUAUUCCGGUCUUACAAUAAUGUCAUUUGCCGACUAUAAUGUUCUUUUAUCGACCUCUAUUGAAGGUAAUCAAUUCGAAUUAAACUUCGUUAGGUGAGUUAAGGUUAAUUUAGUGCGAACCCGAACAGGUGAAGUCGUGGUCCAAUUUUGUCUGCUCCUAAUAUUUGGGCGACAAAAUGAAACCAGCAUUUGUUUUUAUCAAUCUGAACUUAGUUUAAGUUUACCAAAUGUCAUAAUAUGUUAACAUUUAGGUCUGCCAUCCAUGUAAAUGCUUUAGUUUUACGUCAGGCGCUACUGGGCACUACUUAAUGUAAUUUAAGACUAUUUAUUUAUUGUCAACACCAGUUUAGAUAAUAAGAUAAUGUAUAUGAAUAGGUACCUAGUUGAUAAUAUUGCUUUAAUUUAGUACUGUAGUACCUACCUAUAUGUUAGGAGUCUUUGGGCUGUGAGAACGAGAACCAACCGGUACAAGCGUAAUUGUGGAAAGUUAAAACGUUUUAUUUAUUGAUUUUUAUUUUACUUGCAUUAUCUGUAUCUAGCGUAAUCACUAAAGUCUAAAUUAAAUGUAGAUAUAUUUCAAAUUGAUAGUAAACAAUUUAACUAUUCGUACCUAUAUACCUAAAAUGGUUAUUCAUAAUGAAUUGCGCAUGAAUGAUUAAUAUUUAAAACUACUUAUGUAUUAUUUUAUAUUAUUACUGAACUAUUCGUCAGUAUACGUUAGAUACUUACUAUUACGAAAUGGUUUUAUCAUGAUUUCCGGCCUAAAACAAUAAAAAAUAGAGCUGUUCUAUUUACAGAUAAAAAAUUAAAUUAGCGACAAGACAGAGAUGAGUAAUUUGUAAAUUUUGGUCUUUUAGUAUAAAUAAAACAAAAAAUUCAUGUUAUUAGAAUGUAAGUGAGACACUACCUACUCAAUUGUGUGCGUAAUUGAGGUAAUUAUGGCAAAAUCGUGUCCCCGGUAUUUAUAGGCCGGAAACUGUUAGAUAACACGUUGAAUUGUCCCAUAAAACACUAAUUACGUUGACAUAUUAGAAUACAAUCCCACACUGUUAGAUAUAUAAAUUUAUAUUGCGCUAUCACAAACGUAAUGUUGCUCUAAUAAUGACUCUAAUAUCGCAAGAUCUUGCACACGAGUAUAAUAUAGUUUAACGAGAAGUGAACUGACUUACUGUUAUUGAAAUUAUGUCAUAUAAAGAGAUACAAGACUUAUCCACCGUGCGAAGGCAGAAGUGUGAGUUUUUAAUAAAAUAUUAAAAUAUA